AUGGGGCAGUUUGAACGGCGACCAUCCCACGUUGGUCUGGAGGAUGUUGAGCGCACCUCAGAAACCCAUGAUCAAGACCGGUCAGAACAACAACACCAACCCGGUCCUGAGGCGGGCCCUCAGGCGCGGAGUCACCGUCCUCGCCGCGGAGAACCGACCGAGUCCAACAGGCACAGCGGAUCGAAUGGAUGGAACGAUCCGACUCAUCCAACUACCUCUUCAUCGACUUCUGAGUCGAAUUUGUCGUUCGCAAAUAGGAUGCUGGCAUCCAAGCACAACCUAAAACUUUCUGGCUUUAGAGGCGAUUCUCAGUCAUCCCAGCACCCGAUGCAUUUCAUGCCACAAUCAUCCAGCAAUUCGAGAGCCUCUUCUACGAAGACCUCGUCGAGUUCUCUACAUGCGAUGAACGAGGACACCGUCUCUGAUUCUCGACUAGAGCCUUCUGGUAGUCUCUCUCGUUCCUCUCUAGUUAGAAGACUAUCACAACAACUUGAAUUAACCUUUGGCCAAUCUCUCGCCCCGAAAACCAAUACUGUGAAUACAACUGCCGAUUUCCCUGUAUAUCCUGAUCAGUCCUAUGCGGUGUUACAAUCGCAAGUCCACCCGACUCCCUAUCAGCCCUUUCUCCGAGGGCGCAGCUCAUAUCCAUCGCCAACCGAGAAUCCUAAACCAUACGAACAUCAUUUCACUACCAACGGUGCCCGUACUGUUGGAAACACACCGAUUUCUACCCCAGGUCUGUUCGCAGGCCGCAGUGCUCGUACAUCUCCUUCAGUCGGCUCUGACGAUGAAGGCUAUACGUUCAGCCCUUAUCUCCACCCGACGCAUCUACAACCACCAAAAGAAACCCACACCGCCGAAGUUGAACGUGAUCUCCAGACCGGAAAUAAACUCAUCAAUGAGUACGAGAUCUUGGAAGAGCUUGGACGAGGCGAACAUGGAAAAGUCAAACUCGGCCGGCAUCUGAUCACAAAACAACCAGUCGCGAUCAAAAUUGUUCAACGUUACUCCAAACGUCGCCGUCUAGGAAAGCUGGGCAACCCGGAGGACAAAGUCAAGAAAGAAGUCGCUAUUCUCAAAAAGGCCCGACAUCCUAAUGUUGUCAGUCUUCUCGAAGUUAUUGAUGACCCCAACCGCCAAAAGGUAUACAUUGUGUUGGAGUACGUCGAGAAUGGAGAGAUUAAAUGGCGCAAAAAAGGCGUCAGAGAGGUCGUCCAGAUGGAUAAAAGGCGACUCGAGCGAGAAAAGAACGGAAUGGCCGACUCACCGUACUUCGAGGAAGAGGGUCAAAUGAUUAUCAACAACCUCCAAAACCAACGAAGACGCAGAGAACUCGCGCGUGAAAGACAUCGUAGUCAGGCACAAAACAAUCAUAGGCACUUGAUUCCUGCCUGGAGUUUGGAGCAUGGUGGAGAAUCGGACGACGAGUCGAACCCGGAAUUGGCAUUAGCACGGUCGAUUAGCCAGAACCUCUCUCUACAACAUGACCGCACAGACAAUGCGGACCAAUAUGGACAAUCCCCUAGUCAGUCAUACAACAGCACGGCAUCCGAAUUCGAUCGUCAUAUGCGUGAUUCAGUGUUGGCCGCGGUGGAAGGGAGCAUGUACGGCGCUUAUUCCGACUACCCACUUGAGAGACGCUACAGCACAGCAUCCAGCUUGCUCGCUUAUUCUUCGUCGGAUACUGAUCAAUUUUCGGAUGACGACGACCUUUCUUAUGUACCGUGUCUUACCAUUGAGGAAGCUCGUAGCGCUUUCCGAGACGCAGUGCUAGGCUUGGAAUACCUACACUACCAGGGUAUCAUCCAUCGCGAUAUCAAACCAGCGAAUCUCCUUGUCACAGCGAAAGGACAGGUCAAGAUUUCCGACUUUGGCGUUUCAUAUCUAGGUCGACCAAUCAGAGACGAGGAUGAAGAACAAGUUACUGAAACUGAUGCUGCCGAGUUGGACGACGCUCGUGGAGAGUUGUCCAAGACUGUUGGUACUCCGGCCUUUUACGCACCAGAGCUUUGUUAUAGUGGCGACGACUAUGUCGACGCCAAUGGACGAGGUCCCAAAAUCACAGGCGCUAUCGACAUUUGGUCCCUAGGAGUGACUCUGUACGGCAUGAUCUUCGGGCGCCUGCCGUUUGUCUCGGACGAUGAAUACAGCCUGUUUCAAAACAUCGGCAAGAACGACCUUUUCAUCCCCAAGAAGCGACUCAAACCAGUCGAGGUCGACAGCAGCAAAAUCAGUGCCGAUCCGCGCCACGGUGUGAUGAACAGCAACAAACGACUAGACGACGAAUUUGUGUAUGAGGACAUCGAUCCCAUGCUAGAGCAUCUCCUUCGCCGUCUCCUCAACAAGGAUCCUCAAAAUCGGAUCACCAUCAAAGGUAUCAAGACUCAUGAGUGGGUAUUGCAAGACUUGAAGGAAGACCCUGCCGACUGGGUGCAAAAGACCGACCCGCAGAGCAAAGGCAACCGUAUCCAAGUUUCGAAAGAAGAAGUCACGAGUGCGGUCAGCAAGGUUCCAUUUGUUGAUCGUGUCAAGUCGCUGGCCAAGUGGCUUAAUCCUCGCCGAGAAGGUCGAGGCACCCCCAAGCGGCCAUCGAGUGCGGCUGGAUUUUCUGCCGAUUCCAUUGCUUCUUCUAGAGAUUCUAGUGGUGCAUCAGGCGGUCGCCGAGCUAGCUUACGAGGCGAUGAGGAUGUUCUUCGUCCAUUCAGAGUUGUACGGGAGGAGCAUCCGCUUUCUCAAAGCGUCACUGCUAGCCCAGAUAGCACGCCUGAAAGAUCUUCCUACUUUGAUCAAGCACCUACUUCCAAUAUGGCGGAUGAAACCCCCCGAGCUCUUGCCCCGGAACGCAUGUCAAUCAUGUCAACCACGGCAUCAGCCAGGACGGUGAGGCCAAUGCCAUCAAAUAAAAGCUUCACACCACCUGUUAAGACUACUGAGACCUUGAUGGAAGAACACGUUGUGCCAACAACCAACACCGGCGGCACGUUUACAGGAGCCACUCAUCUUAGAGUAGAUAAAGUAUCACAAAGUGACAAUGACCGCUUGCUGUCCCUUGACGGCGCCGCGAGCGAGACAGAUGGCCAUGCUGAACCCAGUGUUGCAUGGAGUACUGCGUCUGCUACGGGACAGGUUCAAGUUCCAAUUGCGACCGUAUGGGAGCAGCACCACCGACCACACAGCCAAGGAAAUGAUUUUACUCGAAAUCCGUCGUCAGCGGGGCAUCGUCGCAAUCGAUCAGAACAAAUCCUACCAGAAGUCAGUGAUCAAUCCUUUCGGUCUGCCAAAGAAACCUUGUUACGCCAAGUGGCCGAUCACGCUGGGUCUGAAGAGGAGCCAGCUACUGAAACCACACCUAUUGAGAAUAAUGAUCGUUCUAUCGAGCCAAGUCCGACAACUUCCACACAUCACUUACCCUCGGAUGGAGGAUUGAUGACUUCGCCGCCAUCAGCAGCGACCAUCUCGACAACAUCGAUUGAUGAGUGUGCAAGUGAAAUGUCUCAGAGUGUGUCGCAUCCAAGCUUACCGUCCAUUGUUUCGGGUGUUUCGUCAUUCUCCGGUGAAGGCCUCCACACUCAUAUUGAAGAACGGGAGAAGGAGCUAGACGUUACGCCUUAUGUCUCUCCCAUUCUCCGAACAGGCGACACGAUCACGCCAAGGAAUACCAAAGCGGCACGCUCUGCUCAUGACAAGGGCUAUGAUCGCGACUGUAGUGACGAAGACAUCGACUCUGAAGAUGAAGGCAUUGUCUUUGGCAGGAAGAAACGCUCCACGUGA